AUGACCGCCAACUUCCCAAUCUACCCAGACCUCAAAGGCAAGGUUGCCCUUAUCACCGGCAUAGGCCAAGUCGGCCGUCGAGAUUCCGAUACUUGGGGUAAUGGAGCAGCAACAGCUCGUGUCCUAUCUCACAAUGGCGUGAAAAUAGUGGGCUGUGAUAUCAACCUAGACGCAGCAAACUACACCAAAAAGCGUUUGUUGCAGGAUAACCCGGAAGCCAGCAUCGACGUGUUCAGCGCAGACAUGACUUCUGUCCAGGACAUUGAGGCUUCCGUCAAAGUUGCCGAGGAGAAGUAUGGAAGAAUCGAUAUUCUUUACAAUAAUGUAGGGAUAACAGCGCCAGGAGAUCCGGGGAACUUAUCAGAGGAAGCGUGGCAAAAGAUGCUUGAUUUGAACCUGAACAGUGUCUUCCGGUGUUGUCGGCUAGUGAUCCCAAUCAUGGAAAGACAAGGCUCCGGAGCGAUCGUCAACAAUGCCUCUAUCACAGCUAUGCGGUAUAUCGGCAAGCCUCAGAUCGGCUAUGCCACGGCAAAGGCAGCCGUCAUCCAGUACAAAAAAGCUUCGGGGUGUAUGUAUAGCGCCAAGGGAAUCAGAUUCAACUGUGUGGUGCCUGGGUUGAUGUAUACGCCACUGGUCGUGAACUUAGCCGAGAGCGAUAAGCCAGAGGACCAGGAAGUGGCGAGGAAGAUUAUGCAGCAUAAUGUGCCACUGGGGCGGAUGGGUGACGGAGUCGAUGUUGCUAAUGCGGUUGCAUUCUUGGCCAGUGAUGUGGCCAAGUACGUCACGAGUCAUGCGCUCGUGGUUGAUGGUGGAAUCACGGAGAGUACUGGCACUGGCGGAUUAUGA